GCAUGCAAAGCAAUUUAUGAAAAUUUACGCGCUGUCCCUCUAACGGCUGUUAUCAGUGAAACUGAAAAUCCAAGUGCCUUUACUGCAACACUUCAUUUCAACUUGGCUAUCCAAAGGAGCGAAGUAAAAUGUCAGUGCAACUGCCUAACAAAUCUGAUCCGUCUCCGGCCUAUACCCCACCCAAAGCAGGGGGAAACGUAUACCCACCCAUGGGAUCGGGGUACCCGCCACAACCCGGCUAUGGUUUUCCCGGACAGCCAGGAUAUCCCCCGCCCCCUCAGGGAUACCCGGGUUACAUGCCGGCGCCUCAACAAGCCGCCCAGUUCUCACAACAAAGCACCAGCGUCGUGGUGGUGGGCGGGCAACAGCAGGCAACUGGCAACUGCCCGUAUUGCCUGCACGGCUUCACUAAGACGGAUUUUACCGCUAUCGGAAUUGUCAUUGCCAUCUUGUUCUUUCCGUUGGGCAUAAUUUGCUGCAUGUUCAUGACAGAGAGACGCUGUACCUCAUGCGGACGGGUAUGCUAGGGCUACAACGUUUCGAGCAGCAUGUGAUAGACUCUUUAUAUUGAGAUGUAUUUGUUUGUGUGUGCAUAACUUUAAUAUAUGAAAAUAUUUGGUACUGUAAAUUAAAAUAUAAUUGUAUGUUAUUUAAGAUUUGGUUAACUCCUUUACAUUUAAUCCAAUUUAAACGUGUUUUCAACGUUUUAUUCCACAUUAACAUAAACGCAUGACUUUGUAAAUGUUAUAUAUACAUUAAAUAUCGAGUGUU